AUGUCGGCUCGAGGGAAGGUGUCUCAAAGAUCGGCGCCCAAACAAAAUGUGUCGCAAAGGACGUCAUCGCGGUCGGCACCAGCACCACCUUCAGAAAGAAGUGCGCCUUCACAACCACCGGGAGCAGCACCAGGAGAAGAACAGGAUAUAGCGACAAAAAUACUAACCACUAUUCAAAAUAUUUUGACAGAGCUUGUCACUACAACAUUUCGUUUGAUCAAAGUAUCCAAGGAAGCCGGCUUAUGGAGUUGGAGCCAACUUUGGGAUAUGUUCUACGCACAUACAUUCGCACGAUGA